AUGCACCAAGAGCCCCCAGGCCAGGGCCGGCGCAUGCACCACCCCAAGACUCCAACAACAUACCCGCCAAGACCCGAGAUCCCCGGGUCAAGCCGGGACCCCAGUCCGGGAGCAACACUCCCCCAGAACCCCGAGCCCGCCCCAACCCCACCCAGGAGCAGCCAGGCCACCAGGCCAGUAACCUGCGCCCACUGGUACAGACCACCCAGAGGCCUGCAUGCAGCCAACAGAGGUUUGGGUUUAAUUUUACAGCUGGGAAGGGACUAUGAGAAAAAGAAGCACAAACUUUUGCAGGAGCUGCAGCUGGACUACAAAGAUGGCGCUGCCAAGAAAAUUAAUGUAAAACCUCAUGAAUCUCAUUCACAUCACCAAGGUCUUUCCUUGCCUAUCACUGAGAGAGCAUCAAUAAAGGAAAGACUAAGAGAAGAGAGGAAUAAAGAGUACAACCUCUUUCUCCAGGAGCAGGCUCAGAAACGAGGGUUAAAGAGGGGAACGUCUCCGGUCACCUCUAAGCUGGAACACUUCCAAGCAUCAGAUGUUGUGAACCUGACUUCUCAGUGUCCGCCUCUUCCCAUCCUCAAUACCCAAACAAACACCCCUCCUCCUCCUCACAAGGAUUGCCCUGCAUUCAGGAGAGAUGCUGCCACUCUGACUGAAGCAGGGGACACUGAAAAAAACACCAGGAUCCUUGAUCCUCCCAGGCGAAGGAGAUGGCAAAUCCAUAAACCAAGAGAGCUUUACAGCUCUGAGGAGGAGCUUUGCACAGACGAAGAGGAGGACUUUGAUUUCAGACGUAGGAGGAGGCCAGACAGAGACACCCAUGAGCCUCAAUAUCACAAGAAGAGGAGAUCACAAAAAAGCAGAUUGGACAGGACUGUUGAGGACAUGAAAGAGAUGGAGGGCUCUGUUCUUUCUGAUCAGAACAACAAGGAUGGGGUCUUGGAGUCAGACAGUAAACAAAUCCCAGACAGCAUGAGGAUCGCUGCAACAUCUUCACCAGUUACCAGCAAAGACAAGACUGAGUCUGCAACGGGGCUCAUGAUUGGAGGAACAGAAGACCAGACAAAAAUUCAAAUGAAGAAGGAACAGUACAGGCAGGAAUUGCUUAAACAAAUUGCUGAACAACAGGGAAACAAACUAAAAGAGAAGAAACUUGAGCUAAAAGUUGCAGCAACUGGAGCCACAGAUCCUGAAAAAGAGCCCGAUCGAAUAAAGCAGCUCAGGAUGGCAAAUCAGCAUUUGAGACAGGAUGCUCCUCACAAGUCUGGGAUAGACCUGGAGACCAUAGGGAUGGAUCCUAAUCCAAGGCCUAGAGAUGAGAACACACAAUACAGAGCUCUUCGAGGGAAUUCUUUGACAGACAUUAACACAACGCUCAGCCAGCUACCAGGGAGGACUAUGCCUGGUCCUGGGAUGAGAUUAGAACAAGAUGCUUCACCCUUUGACUUCAUCCAUGAGGAUUAUCACAAUAACAUCACAAGAACUCCAGGAGAAGUGGCCCUUCCAAGAAUCACUUCUGUUGCUCCUCGUUUACCUCCUAUGGUCCCAAACAAGCCUCCGUAUGACUCAGCUCCUUACUGCCACAGCACCAGGAACCCAUUAGAGGUUCAGGAUAAUCUGCACGGCGGAGUUCAGCAGUUCAGGAAUUUUGAGACCCCCCCUCUUUGGCCCCUUCCUGUCAAAGCCUAUGAAGACCCCCCCUUUGCUACUGAAGGGCUUCAUGCAAACCUGUCCCAGCAGAGGAGAGAGAGCAUCCUGAGAUACCAAGAAGCACUUAAACAGCAGAUCCAAGAAAGAGAAGAGCGUAAACAAAGAGAAAAGGAGGAGAAGGAGCGAUCUGAUGCAAAGUCAGAGGCUGAGAUGAUGACCUACGACCCCUGGGGGAGAAGUGGAGGAGGUGCCCCAAUUAAGGACCAAUAUGGAAACCUUGUUAGCGAUUUGAAGCAAAUGCACAUAAUCAACCAAAACAGAAUGUUCAGUCCAAGAGGUGGAGCUGGUUCUCCUUUGUCUCAUCAGCUCUCAGGUUCCAGUCAUGAUCCUCCUCCACAGCAGCCCCCCAUUCAGGACAGGUACAAAGAGGAGCUGAAACAACAAAUAGAGGAAAACAGGAGGAAGCGUGUAGAGGAGCAAGAGCGCCAAAGGAUGGCAGUGGAGCAAGAAGAGGAGCGGCUGAAGAAGGAGAGGGCUCGCAUCCUGCAGCAGUACGAGGAGGAGCAGAGACGACAAAAAGAAGCUCAAGUAAAGGAGUUCGCCAAAAAGAAACGACGGGUCCAUGAAGUCCUUGUGCAGCACGCAAAGGAGGUUAAAAACACAAAACAAAGAAAACAUCUGGUACCUCAGAGCGACAAGGAAAGAGAGGAGAACACCUCACAGUUCACUGUUCAGAGACAACCAUCUCCUCCUAUUCCAACUUUGCAGAAGAAACAUAAAAGUCCGGCAGCAUCAAAGCCAACUUCUGAGCGCUCCGUGUCGGCCCCUUAUGUCCAGCCUGCACCCAGACAUAUUCCAACACAUCAAAAGGGUCAGCGGGAAGUGAUUGAAGGGCUUUCAGCUCUCCGUAAUUAUCUGAAGAAAGAGCAGAGACAGGUGGAGCAGCUGGGCCUGACGGACACAUAUCCCCCUCACCUGGGCAGAUCCAGAACGAAUGCCUUUGAAGCUGCAAACAAACAAUCUGCUCAUCCAUUAACUAGAAGUCCUGCUUCUGCAAUUGCUGAAAGACAAAACGAUCAACUUAAAAAUGGAGUUUCUGGUCUGAAAGACACCAAUAGUCCCUCCUACUUCCAGCUCAUAUCAGCUCUCUGCCUGAGAAGGAAACCUGUGUGUUUCGUCCCCAGAAACGCCUCACUGCCAUUUGAGAAGGCUUUCACUGGUGACGGGCAAGUUGACCAGCAGGGAGAACCUCAGCCCUCAGAGAGACGGGAAAGGACAGCAUCGCAGAGAAAACAGGUCCGUCAGGCGGUUGCAGAUUUCCUGGAUGAAAGGGAGCAAAAUGAUCUGCCAAGCAACAGUUUUCUGAGGUCACAUAAAUUAACGGACAACAGGAGACGAGACUCAAAAAGUGACAGAACAGGCCUGAAGAGACCCGUUUCUGUGGGAACUGUUGCGACAGAGCUCUGGACCCCCCGGGAGCAUCAGAACAUGUAA